GUCAGAGCAGCAGGCUCCCACACCGAGAGAGAGAGGGGGGGACCUGUGCGCGUGCGGACUGAGCUGGAACCCCCCGCGCCCACCAAAACCAAGGCCUCUGUGAGAUGAAGACAUCCUGAGGAUGGGUCGCGUGGAGUAAAAAAAUAAAGUGCGAGCCAUUGAAGAAGAAGAUCAGACGCCGGGAUUUUUGGAGCGAAGGCAGUGAGCAGAGGAGGCGCGCCGAACAUCAUGUCAUCAGAAAAACACGGGCUCAACGACCCCAGCCGUCAGGCCAUGCAGCCCCCUCCAUACCUACCGGGCCCGCAGGAUCCCAACAUCCCCCAGCACCCCAACAUGCCCGUGGCGCCCGGGACCCAGCCGGGGUACCCGCCCCCACCUCCACCGCCGGGCUCUGAGGGAUACCUCCAAGAAACCCAGUUUCACUGCGGCCCCAUGGGGCCAAACGGGGCCCCUCAGGGCUACACCGUCCAGACCCAAGGCCCCGGAGGCACCAUGCCGCACCCCCCUGUGGGAUACAUCCACACGGGCUACCCCCUGCAGCUGCAGCCCUGCACAGCUUACGUACCGGUGUACCCGGUGGCAUCGGGUCAGCCCUACAUGGCCGCCGGAGGAGCUCACCCCGGGAUGGCGCCGGGGCAGAUUCACCCCAUGCAAAUGCCGCCCAGCAUCACCCUGAUGGACCGCCGGCCGCCGCACGACUACCUGCCCAUCGCGGUGCUCACCACCGUCUGCUGCUUCUGGCCGACAGGCAUCAUUGCAAUCAUCAAAGCGGUGCAGGUGCGCACCGCCAUAGCCAGAGGCGACAUGGUGACGGCGGAAAUAGCCUCCAGAGAAGCGCGCAACUUCUCCUUCAUCAGCUUGGCCGUGGGCAUCGCCUCCAUCGUGCUGUGCACCAUCCUCACCGUGGUGGUCAUCAUCGCCUCACAACACCACGACGACGACUGGGAGCCGUAACACCCCCCAAAGAAAAAAACAACAAAAAAACAGAGAGAAUAUAUUUAUUUGCUUACUGUCGUCUGGACAAAAGAGAGUGUCCGGUCCUCUGUUUAGAUGCACACAACGUAAAUCUGAGCUGCUCCACUCAAACACUGACAACAUGAAUCCAUUUAAACGCCAUACAGCCUUCAGAGAUGAAACAUUCGAACACAGACUUGAGAGAAAUCUGAUUUAGCUCCGCUGAAAUGCACUGUGUUCAUCCCCGGAGGGCCGUCUCUGCUUUGUGAGAGGAUGAUUUGUGUCGGACGGGAGCGAUCGAUGUACAGUUCCGACACGCCAAAUGGAGGCUGGACUGACGUCUCUGAGGUCAUUUGGUUGUUUAAUGUGUGACGUCUUAGCCGUACGAACUGCUGCACAGUUUAUAUUUGUUUAUUUAUGGAUUGACUCAACAGAAAUCCUCGUUGUGACUGCUCUAAUUAAUGCUGACGUGUUGCAGCACAUUCGUUUGGCUUUAAAGUCCCACUCCGAUCAUCUUUUGAUCCCUUUUUCAAAGCGUUCCCGGUGGACUUUUCAUUCUGAUGAUGCCGUUUUUAGCCAAAAUCUAAAAGUGUGUGUCGUUUUCUUGGACAUAGUUACUGCAAAAGUACAUCAGAAUUUCACCUCUGAGUUGUGGGCGGAGUCGUUCUCCUCCCCAUAGCUGAAAGGUCUCGGUUUACAUGCUCUCCCGCUAACUUACAGCCCCUCACACCCCCAACUGGUGCAACAAAAAUGGCGAGCGAUAUCAGAGCAAUCGAGUUUAGAUCCACACUCCAGCUCAGACGAGGAAAACAAAGACUUUUAUGGAUCUAUUUGUCUACAGGUGGAUCCAUCAGAAUUGGAGCUCCUCCAAAUGGAGCUUGUGGCCCCGCCCAGUGUAUUUUCUACAUCACAAAUGCAUCACAAAUCUUUUUCUGCUUAAUUUUCCCAAUAUUUAUCGUCGAUCAAGAGAAAAAUGCCACAAAAACAUCAUCUUUCCAUUGGAGUGGGUCUUUAAACUGGCAUUUUCUGGAUGCCGACUUCUUUCUGAUAAUAUGAUGCAGCUGCUGCAUAUAUUUGUGGAUGUUGCUGAGCAUGAUGAAUAUACAUUUCCACUAAUGGGCUUUUAGUGAAAGGAGCUGCUUUUGUCCCAAACGCUGGAGGAAGUACUUCCUAACAUUUCUGGGCGUGUGUUUCAGUAUUUUACAAAGCUGCUGUCGAAAAAAGGAUGGGACGCACCUCCAUCCCGGGUUUUACAAGGAUUUAUAGAGUAUUAUUUAUUGGUGUUGCACUCUUCUCACUGGGUGUUUGAGGCGACAUAACCACACGCACGUCCUCCUGGGUUUGUUUCCAUCCGUCUGAUGUAAUCAAAGUAGAUUUAGUGCGUCUGUUUUCCAUAAUGUAGCUUUGAAAAGCAGCCCUCCAGGUGUGGCUGCUUCACCUGUUUCCGUAGUUUCAGAGGUCAGGAAAUGAAUGUUUGGAGAAAAUACAAAUACCUACACAGUAUUGUAGCACUUUGGUGAAAUCGUUCGCUUUAUCCUCUUGGUCGUCUUCUUGUGAGAAAGGCUUUUGACCUCUGAUCACAUCUCUUCUGCUCUCCCCAUCUUUCUGCCAGUUCCUCUGAUGAUGGAGAUUUGAAAGAUUGCACAGAAAUAUUAGAAUAUAUUAAAAACAUCCUUGUUGACACAAAUAGAAGCAGUAUACAGACAAUAUAUGGAGUAUUGUUUUGUUAAAAUGUUUUUUUUCUCUGCAUAUGUAUUUGACUCAGAAAAAUGAAGGAGAGCUGGGCCUUAAGUGAGUUGAGGGUUUGAAGGUUUUCUCCACAAAUAACUGGGAUCUAAUUUAAAUUUAGAGUAUAUUUUUCUGUAUAAAAGAGUUAAAAAAAAGCAUUGUGAGCAUUCAAAUAAACUGGAGGAAGUGGCUGUAGCUGAUUUUCAGUGAAAGACCCCCUCUGAUCAUCCUUGGGUUUCUUUUCAAAGCCUUCCCAGUGCUCUUUUCAUUAGGACGAUGCCAUUUCUAGACAAAAUCAAAAAAUCGGUGUUGUUUUCUAGGGCAUAGUUUCUGCAGAGAAUCAGGAGUCCAUUUAAAAUUUGCUCCUAAAUUGUGGGUGGGAUUGUUGGCCAGAGUAACUCCGCCCCCUCUUCCCCUCCCCAUGGCUGAGAGCUCGGAGCAGGGAGCUUGUGGCGUACAUUACAAAUACAAUCUUUUUUAGACAGCAUUUUUCCAUUGGCUCCUGAUUCACAGCAAUUUGAACAAAGAAAUACUCAGAAAUACAAUUUUGAGCUUAAAUGUCUUUACAUAUGCCCUCCAUCAUCAGAAAAAUUAACAAGUGGGUCUUUAAAUUCAGAUCUCAAGCAUUUGCACAACUGAAAAAAACGUUAAAACGCUAUUUAAAUUUGAGGUCAUAAGUGUUUUUUUCUUUAUUUUGCUAGGCUUUUAGUAAACUUGCUUUUAUUUGAGAGGAAUGCAGAUUAACACCAUGUUUCUAUUUUUUGGCAAAUGCAGAAUUUCUUCACUCAAAUGCUUUAAUGAUGCUCCAAUUAUCUAAAGUGGGAAGUUGUUGCUUCUCAGCUGCACUUGCAGUGAAAUGUAAAUUUAGCAAACAAAAAUGAUGAAUUAGUUUUAUUUUGUUUCAUACUUGAUGGCCUUUUUACCCUGAUUAUUGACAUUUUUUGUCAAAAUAAAGUGCAAAAACCAUAUUUUAAUUAAUACCAUGCCAAAGUUGGAAUACAUUAGCGAUGUUCUAAUUGGCAGCAUUGAUUAAGGUUUUUUUUUAUCUCUCCAGCUUGUACUUAUGUUGCAUCCUUAAACCCUGUUUUGACUCAGAAUUCCAUUUAAAGCUGAACGUGGUAAUUAUAUAUCAUGGACGCGUUCUGUUAUGUAAAAUAGUUUUUCUGAACCACAAAUGUUAGAAAAAAGCCAGAAAAAAACAAAUUCUUCAGAUUUAGGUUUACUUCAAUUUCCCUCAUGGUCAUGAACAAAAACAUACAGAUGAUGGAUUAUCAUAGAUUAGCAGAUCCUCUCGUUUCUUUUUUUAUACAGUUGAAAAAGUUAAAACUAAAGAAAAUUGGUGAAAAAAGUGAGAAAAAUCUUUAUGUGAAAUUUUCACAGAUGUAUCACGAAUGAACCACCUAAAAACCACAGAAGAAAUCCUAAUAAACCACACAAAGAACAGGUAAACCAACGUAGAACGUGAACCGUGCGUGAUUAGUGCGCUGUUUAUACUGAACUCAUUAGUGAUUUGUGCGUCCAUUACGUUAUGUUAACAUGGUCUGUGCGACGCAUACGCGAUCUAUAAGUUAAACAUCGGUGGUACAUGCGUGAAAAGUCAUGUACAAUUGUGUAAGAUUUAUGCAGUAAUUGCAUACAAACAUAAAUAGCUCAAAACCGAAUUCCUGUAAAGACUUAUCGAACAUCUGUGUACAUCGACCAUCGACGAACACAAGAAACACUUAUGGAUUACGUAGAUCACACGUGGAUCACGAAAGACACUAAUUUCCUGUGUGGAAAAUACGCAAAUUGUACAAAGUGGCUGUGUGACACGGCCUUGAGAGAUGACAGAAGUUCCAGAAUAACAGCAUAUGACAAAAGCAGAAGAGUUACAUAUUGAGGAUAUAGAAAAAAAUGUCAGACUACCAAAAUAAAAGCGUGAAACUUCUUUAAAUUAUAAAGCCCAAAGCAGAAGUGUUUUAUUAGCUAAUUAAAAAGGCAAAGAUAAAGCAUUUCUUGAUUGCUACUGUGAGUUUAAGAAAUUCUGAAUUAAUUCAGUUCAUUUUAAAAAGUAUAAUUUGAAAAUUUUUAUUUUGAAAUGUGCAAAAACAGGAAAGAAAUCUACCUUUUACAGUGUUUAGUUGACCUUAACAGCAACAGUAAUUGUUUAUUAUUCUAUUGUUCCUUGCAUAGAGUAAAACAAGAGAAUAAGGGUUGUGUGAGAGCUUCAAAGAGCUGUCAAAGUGUCUGUAAAUGAGCAGCAGAGACGCUCAAUGUGACUGUACCAUUGAUCUAGUUCCAUUUUGUGCAAUUAAUUCAGAUAAAGUGCGUUUUUAAAGAGUAUCCAAACAUUGGAAAACCCGUUUAAUUGGAAGAAUUGAGGCACACGGUGUUUAAGUGUAAUAAAAGAACAGUGUCGUUUGGUAUUGAUAGUGUAUAGAAGGCUCAGACAGAUUAGUUUGGCUCUCUAAAUAAUUCUAGAUUCUGUUGUAUGGCACUACAUUUUCCUGUGUGCUUUCUGUUAUUUGCAGCUCUAUGACACAAAAAUCGGUUAUUUUUCUGUUUGUAAAUGCAGUGGGUUCCUUGGUGAAACAGAAGACGCCUACCUGUGUACACGUGGGUUUUUUCUUGAUUAUAAUUGGUUGUAUUGAACAUGCAUUGGUUGUUUCUGACUUUGGUUGUUUGAAUAAAAGAAUCAUUCUGGGUUGUGGAGGACA